AUGGAACGAGAAUCCGAUAAUACUAUAUCUCCAGGAAAGCCCAACCCAUGCGGAAAGUUUGUAUCUUCAAGUCAAAAGCUGAUGAUUAUUAAUGCUUAUAAAGCAAAAAUGAUCCAAAAUCCAGAUUUAAAAAUGGUUCAUAUGAAAAAAUUACUUUCACUGGAGCUUGGAAUCGGCCAAUCGACAAUCUACAAUACUGUUUUGGAGUAUCAACGCGAUAAAACCGUUUCUUCGCCGAACAAAAGAAAAAAUAGGCAAAAAAUUGCAGAAAAAAUUGACGAGUUUGACAAAUAUGCCAUUAGAAGGAAGAUUCAUCAAUUUUGGCACAACCGUGAUCUUCCUACACUGGACAAGGUUUUAGUUGCCAUAAACGAAGAAGAGGAUCUACCAAAUUUUUCUCGUACAUCGCUCUUUAGGUUGAUGAAAUCUAUGGAUUUCGUUUACGUCAAGCGAGGACGUCAGAGUGCCCUAAUUGAAAAAAUGGAGAUUAUCGUUUGGAGGAGAAACUACCUGAGACAUAUUAAACAAUAUCGGGGAGAAGGUCGGCCCAUUUAUUAUUUAGAUGAGACUUGGGUGAACGCCGGAGAUGUAAAUAGCAAAGUGUGGUCCGACAAGACUGUGUUAUCAGCUCGAAUGGCAACUUCUGAGGGACUAUCAACCGGAGCAGAAAAUCCUACUGGCAAGGGUAAACGAUUAAUUGUCAGCCACAUUGGUUCCGAAGAUGGAUUUGUUCCCGGAGGUCUUCUAUGCUUUGAGUCAAAAAAAAAUACCCAAGACUAUCACGAUGAGAUGAACGGGAAAUCUUUUCGUGAUUGGUUGGAAGGUGUUUUGCCCAGACUCCAAGAGAACGCAGUCAUCGUCAUGGACAACGCUCCUUACCACUUGGUAAAAUUGGAGAAAUGCCCAACUACAAAUUGGAAAAAAGCAGAUAUCAUCGAGUGGCUUCAAAGUAAAGGGGAGGUAAUCGAUAGCACAAUGGUUAUCGCAGAGUUGUUAGAACAAGUAAAAAAAAUUAAACCAAUGUACAACAAGUAUGAGAUUGAUGAAAUGGUCAAGGCUCACAACAAAACUGUGCUUAGAUUACCUCCUUACCAUUGCGAGCUUAACCCCAUUGAACUUGCAUGGGCUGCAGUAAAAAAAUAUGUCAGAUCCAACAAUAAAACAUUUAAACUACAAGACGUCAAAAAUUUAAUGGUGGAAGCAGUGGACAGAGUUGGUCCUGAAAUGUGGAAAAAUUUUAUCAGCCAUGUCGUCAAAGAGGAAGAAAAAGCCUGGAGGUUGGAUGCCAUGGUCGAUGAUUCCAUGACUGCAGAAAACCAACCGUGCGUUAUGACCAUAGGCAACGACUCGGACGACUCGGACGGUGACUUCAGAUACUUGUCAGAUACUGAUUAA